AUGAACGCCAAGAUCGGUGUCUUCCCUGCCUCCGGUGGCCUGGGAUCCAGCAUUGUCGACCAUCUUCUGAAGCUGGUGCCAGCCGCACAGCUCAUUUUAAUUGUGCGCCACCCUGAGAAGCUGGCCGAUCUAAGCAAGGCCGGCGCCACGGUUCGACGGGCAGACUAUGACGAGCCCUCCACACUGGACCACGCAUUUGACGGAGUGGACACUCUGAUGCUGAUUUCAUAUGCGUCGUUUGAGAUUGAACACCGAGUACAGGCGCACCGUCGCGCGAUCGAUGCCGCGGCAAGCAGUGGAGUCAAGCACAUCUUCUACUCCUCGCUAGGCUUUGGUGGCAACCUCAGCGACAAGAGCGUUGCACACGUCAUGGGAGCCCACCUUGUGACUGAAAAGUAUCUAUCCGAGCACCCAGGCAACUUCACCUAUACCACUGUUCGCGAGGGUCUAUACUCCGAGUCCUUCCCCAUCUACACGGCAUGGUUUGACCCCCAGAAUCCGGCCGACGAGAUCACCAUCCCGCAUUCUGGUGGUGGACCGGGCGUGACGUGGGUCAAGCGUGACGAGCUGGGCGAAGCGACCGCAAAGCUCAUUUUCUCGUACACGGCCAACCCGGGUGGCUUUCAAUAUCUGAACAAGGGCGUUCUACUCUCUGGUCCGCGGGAAAUUUCUCUUGCGGAGACAGUGGAAAUUCUUGGUCGGGCGGUUGGCAGGGAUCUCAAGAUUCGGGAGAUUUCUGUUGACGAGUAUGUGACUCUGCCACAGAUCGGGGAUCUGCAUACAUACCAUAGCGUGGAUCUGUCGCGAGAGUGGUCUACAGCUUGGGAGGCGAUUAGGCUGGGUGAGACAGCGGUGGUUUCUCCGGCAAUGGGGGAGAUUCUGGGACGAGAGCCCGAGGAUUAUGAAACUACUAUCAAAGCUCUUAUUUCAUGA